UACCCGUCUUCUGGUGAAAUUGCAAAUGUAAAGGCAUGUGUAGGAAAUUAUAAUGGAGGAUGUUGUACUAGUUCUUAUGACAUCCAGGUUAAAAACUGUGACGAUUUUUACAUAUACAACUUGAAACCUACUAGUGGAUGCUACCACGCAUACUGUUUCGGUACUGAGGUGAAAUGUCCAGUGGGAGAAACUUCGGAUAAUGGAGGGUUUACACCAGGAUGUGAAUUCGACCCAUGUCAUAACAGUAACUACGGGAUACUCGUAGGGGAAAUGAAACGGUCAUCGAACUAUACACUACAGACGAGUGACGUAGCGAUAGAGGACAGUCGAUUAACAACAGGAUGGUACAGAAUUGAUAGUGUGACGGGAAAUGACAUAGUCAAUGAAAGCGUUGGUAUGAUGCAGUGUGGAACUUUAUAUCCGCUUUGGAUGGAAGGAACCCUACCAGAUGUUUCUGACAAAACCGUUGACAGAAAAGUAUGUCAAUCAGGAUUACACAGCAAAUGUGAUCAGAAGUAUGAUAUUAAAGUUAGAAAUUGUGGUAACUACAGGACCUAUUAUUUGACACAGUUGAAUGUUGAUAAAUCGGCCUACUGCUUUGGUACAUUCCCUGAUCCUGAUCCUACAACCACCACACGAAGACCACCACCAGGAGACCACAAUUCAUCAAAAGAUGAUGAGAAUGACAAAGAUGACAAGCCCUACAUAUGGGUCAUUGUUGCUUUGCUUGCAGUACUUUCCACAAUAUUGCAGGCUAUACUUCUUGUAAAUGAAUCAAACUCGCUUAUAUUUGCAUUUACAGGUGAUCCAUGUAUGAAUUAUAAAGUUUUAGAUUCAUUGGAUGAAUCCAGACGAUCUGCUGCAAAAAGUUCCGGACAUUUAUGUGAUAAUACGCUGGAGUCAGGAUGGUACAGAAUUAUCAGCAACGCAGGCGAAAGAAUGCCAACAGAAUGUAUAGUUGGCGGUUUCCGUUGUGGGACAAUUUCAUCUAUAUGGAUGAAUGGAUCCUACCCGGUAACAAAUGAGACAAGAUCAGUUACAGCAUGUGCCGCGAACUACAAUGGAAAUUGCUGUGCCUAUUCACAUCAGAUAAAAGUGAAAAAUUGCACCAAUUAUCUUGUCUACAGUUUGGUUCCUGUAACCCCAUGCUAUCAGGCUUAUUGCUUUGGGUCAGAGCUUCCCUGUCCGACCGGAGAAACGUCUGAUAAUGGUUUUAGUCCUGGAUGUGAACUGGACCCUUGUCAUAGUAGUAAUUAUGAUAUACUGAAAGGUGAAUUGAAAAGAUCCUCCAAUUAUACGCUGACUGUAAAUGACGUUGCUAUAGAAGAUAGUCGACUCAGAACAGGAUGGUAUAGAAUAGAUAGUGUGACCGGAAAUGACAUUGUCAAUUACAGUGUUCCCAUGAUGCAGUGCGGCACUCUCUAUCCUCUCUGGAUGAAAGGAAGUAUACCAGACGAAAGAGAAAGAGAUAAAACUGUAAAUAGAAAAGUCUGCAGAUCAGGACUGACUGGUACCUGUGUACAAGAAUAUAAUAUAAAAGUACGAAACUGUGGCACGUACAGAACAUAUUAUCUGACACAAUUAAAUGUUGACAAAUCAGCAUACUGUUUCGGAAUGUUGCCAGUACCGAAACCAACAACAUUAACGACAACGACAACAACAAAACCAACGACAACAACAAAACCAACGACAACAACACCAAGAUCAACAACAACUACUACAGUAACAUCUACGAAGACAUCUACAAUGUUGGAAACAGCACGGGUAACCAGAGCAAAACCCAUUUCAUUCAUAUCUACGAAAACUUCAGGAGAGAUUUCUACUACUUCAUCACUGAUUAAAAAAACAACAUCACAUCUUCCUCAAAAAGAUGAAAAAGACGAAUCGUUUGACUUCCUUUCAAUAGUUGGAGCUCUGGUUGUACUUGUUUUUGUCCUGCUGAUUGUUAUAAUCGCAAUUUUUAUAUUGUUUAGACUGAAACCUCGCUGUCUGAAAGAUAUAAUGAGAUCAUCACCACCAACUUAUGAAGAUACGGUGAAGACUGACAAAAUGACUAAUCUAUAUACACAACUGGAAGAUACCAAUCAUUACUCUUGUAUAAAGGACAAUAAUUACAACGAAGGCUACGAGGAGAUUCCAUAUGACAAAAACCAGACUGUGCCGGAAAAUAAACUAUACUUUCAAAAUAUUGCUACAAUGGCAAUUUCAACUCAGAUCGUACAGGAAAAUAGGCUAUAUCUUCAAAAUCCUAUUACAGUGCCACUAGACAGUCCCGAAAAAUCGAAGAUUUGACAAUGAAUGUUAUAUGCAGUAUAACAUGUAUGAUUUUCUGUUUACAUAGAAUUUCUGAACUUGACGAAAGGGUAAUACUAACAUUACAUUAUCAUGAUUAUAUUGUUAAGGAAAUGCAAAUGACAGCAGACAUUAUUAUUUUACACAUAUUUUGUAUUAUAUUCAUUCCUUCUUGCAAACUAAUAUGUGAUAUUAAUAAAUUAUAUGUAACAGAAGAGGGACUCACACAUGUAGCAUUUAUAAUAUGUUUCUUGAUAUCUGUAUCAUACAUUAUUAUGUGUGUUAUUGUAUGAAUCAGCGUUGAAGAUGAAAUACAUUGCAUUCUUAAACGCACUGUAAAACAAAAUACAAAUUGAAGAAACUCACAAGUAUCCAGUUUCGAGCAGGUUUAUUAUGUUGUGUUAUUUUGGUAAAUUUAUACGUAGAGCUUUCAAAUUUGUAGCGUGUUAGCAACUAUAUAUUUGGUGGUUUCAUAGCCGUUCUUUACUUUUCGACAACCAUGCUUAUGAUAUCCCUUUGACAUUGAUACUUUAGAAAUAUUGGGUUAGAUGAUAUGUAAUAUAUGCUAUAUGAUAAUAUUUUGUUUCACGUGUUUUCUUAAGCUGGUUCUGUGUCUUUUGUGUUAUUUUCAGGCAAAUGCUUAUUGACAAUGUCUAAUUUUCCCUGAAAAUACUUAAAAAGACACAGAACCAGCUUAAGAAAACACGUGAGGGUUACUGGGGAUUACAAAUAUGGUCAUUUUUGGUCUUCUUCCUAGCGGCAGUAAAAUAUUUGUCACAGAUGAGCGUCGGUUUGGCUGUGCGGGAUGUAUAAAAACGCAGCCACGUCCGAUCAGUACGGGGACGUGUAAAUCCAAUGCCUCCUGUAUAGAGAGUUCCAUAAUGUAAAUAACAAAUAAUUUGUAAGAGUUUUCACUCAUUCUGUUUACUCUGAAAAAAGACGAAUCUAGCGUUCAUGUUCAUGCACGAAAAGGAUGAAAAUAGUGCUAGGAUGUUGAUUACUUAUAACUUAUAACUUAUUAAAAGACCACUGAUAUUUUAUCAGAGUUUCAAUGUAAACAACUUUGGAGGAUAGUAUAGCAUUCAUAGAAAAAUUAUUCAAAAUUUGUUAUGAACUUCUAUAUUAGGUAUUAUCAUUGUUAAUAUUCAUUUCUUUCAAUGUCUUAACCUAACACAAAACUUAUACAUGAUGUGCAUUUACAAGCUAGUUAUGAGUGUUCAUAUAUUCUGCAUUAACAUCGUUCCAUUUCACUGUAUAGUCAAAUGAAAUAUCUUAAAUAAACUGUAUUACUGUAA